CGCAUAGAAAUAUCCGCGGUAAUUUAACGACAAAUCAGAGGGUCAAUAAGGAUAUGUUGAAUUAAGUGUAUUAUACAAUUAAAUUAACUCUUAAUCGGUGGUAUUUUUAAACAUAAGCGCUGUAACAAUAAAGUGUAUUUGGUAUAAAUUCAUUGAAUAUUGAUUUAAAACUAAGUCGGAUUCCGUUUAAUAUUAAAUUAACGUUAAUCCAAACUAAGCUGAUGAGUUUUAUAGAAUUGUUAGUUUUUUUCAACUUAACUCAACACUGGAGUUGUUUUAACACCCGAAUUAUUUCAAUUUAAUUAUACGGAACGGUGUAAUAACCCCAAAAUAUCUGAAAAACCCAACAUCGCGCGUCAUCCCAACCGUCGAUGGGCGUUGAGUAAACAAUAUUUCAUAGUGAAAUUCUAUUAACACUAACCUCUCAUUUCUAUUACGACUGUUCAGUGUUCAUAAGUCAAUACACGUGUUUGUUUUAAAACUUAGUUCGUAACUGGUAUAUAUUAAUUAUUAACAUAUAAUUAACAAUUCAGAAAUUGUAUAUAUAAGUUGUUAAGAUGUAUUCAGAUAAUAAUUUCAAUGCAAAGGACGUAUCUGAAGUCGUCAAAGAUUGUUUUAUUAAUGAAGAUUAUUUUCAAAGCACAGAUAGUAUUGAAACAACCUUUUUAGUACCAAACAUAACUGAAGUGCCUCAUAUUGAAAAUCUUCAAGAUACUACUGAUGUCAAUGAACCAAGUAAAUAUUACUUAACACUAAACCGUCCAAGUCCAUACACAUCAUCCAAUCCUUCACCUUCAACCUCGACACCAACACAUCAAAAGUAUGGAAAAUAUAAACCAAUGGAAUGGACUAUUGAGACAAUUUUAGAACUUUUACAUACAUCCAAUGAUGGUCGUUUCGUUUUAGCCGACUCAAAAGCAAAUAACGGCUCUUUAUCUGAUGAUGGUCAAAAUACCCUAACAAAACUACUAAUUAAUUUUCUAUUCCAAGAUAAUAGCAAAGGUUCAGAUUUAUUUUUUCGAAAAAUAGCAACAUUAAUUUGUAAAGUAUUUCCUAACGAGCAAAAGAGUGUAUAUUUCAUACCGGCUGGAGAAGGCAAUACUCAUGCUAAAGGGAAAUUGAUAGAGAGAUGGAAGAAUGUAUCUCGUAGAUUGCGUAGUAUAGGUGCAAUUGAAUCCGAUAAGAAAAAACCAAGCUCUACUACAGUUGAUCUUGCAUCACACAUAUUUCCUGAAAAUGUUGAAACCGCUAAAAUCUGGCUUAGUGAAAAUGGUUUGUCGGCUAAUUUUGAAGAUAUCAAAAGUAAUUGGAUAAUUACUUACCAAAUAAGAAAAUUAGAAAUACAAGGCGUAGAUAAUAAAUCUAUAACUGAUCGUCAUCUCUCAGAUAUUUUUAAAGCAUGGCCAAUUUUGUGUAGCUCAAGAGGACAUGACCUAAUUUCUGAAGAUUUCAAACUUGAAUAUCCACAAAUAGAACAUGAAACUCUUAGUGAUUGGUCUGUGUAUAUUAAAAAAUGGAUAUUAUUUUCUGACAUAAUAGUUAGUGUACGGCGGAGUUCAGUUAAGGAUAAUCAUGCCAGAGAACUUUUAAAACACCUUGAUGCCGCACAACUAAGAGGAAGUAUUAAAACAGUUAAUGUAUUGAAACUUUUACUUAUUCCAUACUUGGUACCUACAAAAACUCAAAUUAAAAAGACGCAAAAAAAGUCUUGGAAGCCAUCAUUAUCAGAAUCUGCAGCAGCUUUUGCGGUUCAUGUUACCAACCUUACAGAGCUUGAAGCUGAACUUGGCAGAAGAAGGCUAAAAUACGUACAGUAUGGGACAACGAUACAACCUUUCAUAGUUUUAGUGGGUCAAGACAUAUUUUCUGUUGAGUCGGCCUACGUCAGAGUUGAUGAUAACUGUUGGAAUUUUGAUUGUCCACUAAAAGCACUAAACGCUUGUUUUACAACCUACAAUGCCUUACAUUGUACCUAUCCACGUGUGUGUUAUGAAUCAUGGCUGAUUUUACAACUUCAACUUUAUAAUUUUACAACCAUUUACGAUCAAAAAUCAUCAAUUAUUACAUCUUUAUCAAGCAAAAUGAACGCUUUAAAAAAUACUUAUUUGUAAAUUUUUAUUUAAAAAUUUCAAUUUAUUUAGUAUCAGUUUUUACUAAUAUGAACUAGGUGAAAUAAUAAUUUUCUCUGUAUUUAUUAUAUAUUCUUGUUAAAAAAGUUUUGUUAUUUCUUUUAAUACAUUAUGUAUAAAUGUUAUUUAUGUUUAAAAGAUUUCCGGUCCAUAGCAAAGUUAAUUUGGCACAUGAAAAUAUAUCAUAAUCUUGGUAAUAAUUCGUUUUAUCUCUGUAAACAAAAAAAUUGUGUACGUGAUUUCAGGGGUUUAAAAAAAUUUAGGCAGCAUUUAAAUAGGGAACAUUCCCAAGUUACGGUAAACCAAAAUGAUGAAAUCAGUUUUAGUAAUACAAUAACUGAAUCCACUGUUGAAUCUUUGGUAGAAUUACCUGAAAUAUUUAAUAUAUCAUCUACUACAUUUUCUGAACUCGAUAGUACACCCUUAACAAAUAAUAUUGAAUCAUAUGAAUUAAUUGAAGAAUCUGUCAUUAUAAAUGACCUUGUUAAUAAUUAUACUAAA